GCCCGCGCUGGGGUUCGGAGACGAAGCAUGGGAGCUGGACAUGUGGGUCGCAAAGGAUGGCUCUGGAGGUGGAAUCUGGAGAAGAUGAUGUUCCUUUUCGACGUCUCCAUGCACCCAGAGGAAGUUAAUCGAACUCCUGAGACACCAUGAAGCACCAUCUCAUGAUCGGAACAUGGACACCGCCAGGCGUCAUCAUCACUGUCGAAUUCGACGACGAAGCACUGAGCUUGAAGCUGGUCAAGAAGACGGAGAUUCCGGAGGAUGAGCCUAUAUCGUGGAUGACUUUCGAUCAUAAGAGGAAGAACAUCUACGGCGCAUCCAUGAAGAAAUGGUCCAGCCAUGCAGUCAAGAGCCCCAGCGAGAUUGUGCAUAGCUCCUCCCAUCCCCUGGGUGGUCACCCCAAGGCUGCAGAGGCAGACACUCGCACGCGUGCCAUUUUCGUUCUAGCAGCAAAGAAGCCUCCUUAUUGCGUCUACGGCAAUCCCUUCUACGACUACGCAGGCUACGGCAACGUCUUCUCCGUCAACGACGACGGAAGUAUCAAGGAGAACAUCCAAAACUACGAGUACUGCCCCCAGACGGCCAUCCACGGCAUGGUCUUUGAUCCCACCGAGAGUUAUCUCUAUUCCGCCGACAUGUGGGCAAAUCGGAUAUGGUGUCACAAGAAGCGGGACGAUGGGACAGUAGAGCUGGUGGGAUAUGUGGAUGCGCCAGGAGAGAAGGAUCACCCUCGUUGGGUCGAGAUGCAUAAGAGCGGGCAGUACCUCUAUGCGCUGAUGGAGGCAGGGAAUCGCGUGUGUGAAUACGUGAUUGAUCCUCAGACGCAUAUGCCGGUUUAUACCCACAAGUGGUUUCCCCUCAUACCUCCAGACAUUCCCAACCCGACCAUGUACCGCUCCGACGUCGUCUUCCUAACCCAGUCCUCGGAAUAUCUAUUCGCGACCUCCCGUGCCAACUCCUUCGAUCUCACAGGUUACAUCGCGGCCUUCAAGAUCAGCGAGAGUGGAGCUAUCGAGCGCCAGAUCUGCCUGAAUCCAACACCGACGAGUGGAGGGCAUUCGAACGCUGUGAGCCCGUGCCCAUGGUCGGAUGAGUGGCUGGCCUUGACGGACGAUGAGAAGGGCGGCAUUGAGAUUUAUAGAUGGCACAAGGAAUUCCUGGCAAGGGUGGCAAGGCUGGAGAUUAAUGAGAAGGGUUUUGGUAUGAAUGCUAUAUGGUACGACUAGAUGGGUACAAUCAUAGUAGAAUUGCGAGCUACAGUAGAGACAUCAAACUGUACGCAUAAUACUACAAGACAAUCUAUACUCAACACUGA